UUAUAUGAUUCUCUCUCCAUAAUAGCUUUCUGUUUCGCCGAAAUGGGUUCCGAAGCUAAAGGCACGGAAAAUGAGAAUCCAACACGAAUGGAUCAACCCACUAACCAACUACAACACGAAAAACGCGCUAACGGCUAUGAAGCCGUUACUAACAACCGAAGUGGUUACGAUGGUGGCGACGGUAUUGAUGAUGAUGGUGAUGGACGAGCAGGGAUUGUUGUCAAGCCUCAUUCACUUCUCCCGAUGCCGGUGCCGCCGGGGAUUUCCAACUCCACCAAAAACGACGACGUUCCGACGAGCUUCACCGCCAUGCCGACCAUCGGUAACUUCAUCCGGCAGCGGAGCAACGACCUAUCAGCGGCGAUCUUCAAGCGAGUCUCGUCGUUACGGCAGUCCAUGGAGGAAAACGACGAGUCGUUGAGGCAGAAGAAUUCGGAAGUGACGGAGUACAACCUCUCCGGCGUUAAAGUCGUGGUCGAGCAGAAACCGCCGGAGGAGGAUUCGUCGAUGAAAGGACGGAUCAGCUUCUUCUCGAGGUCCGGUUGCCGGGACUGCACGGCGGUGCGGAUGUUUUUCAGGGAGAAAGGGCUCAAGUUUGUGGAGAUCAACGUCGACGUGUUUGAAGAGAGAGAGAGGGAGCUGCGAGAGAGGACGGGAAGCACUUCGGUGCCGCAGAUUUUCUUCAACGAGAAAUUGAUCGGAGGGUUGGUGGCGCUGAACUCGCUGCGGAAUAGCGGCGAGUUCGAGCGGAUGGUGGUGGAGAUGGUGGCAGAGAAAUUUCCCGGCGAUGAUGCGCCUCUGCCGCCGGUGUACGGGUUUGAUUAUGUCGAGGAGGAUCGGACGGACGAGAUGGUUGAGGUCGUUAGGGUUCUACGGCAGAGAUUGCCCAUUCAGGACCGGUUAAAGAGGAUGAGGAUUGUUAAUAACUGCUUCGAUGGGAAUGAGUUGAUAGAGGUUCUGAUUCACCACCUCGACUGCGCGCGUAGCGAGGCCGUUGAGAUCGGAAAACAGUUAUCCAGGAAGCACUUCAUCCGUCAUGUUUUCGGGGAAAAUGAUUUUGAGGAGGGAAGUCACUUAUAUCGUUUCCUUGAGCAUGAACCCUUUAUCCACAGAUGCUUUAAUUUCCGUGGUGCCACAAACGAUAAUGAUCCAAAGGCUGCAGCUGCAAUUUGCGAAAGGCUUACCAAGAUUAUGCUUGCCAUACUUGAGUUUUAUGCUUCUGAUGAUAGGCAACAUAUUGAUUACGAGGCCAUUAGCAAAAGUGAAGAGUUUCGUAGGUACGUAAAUAUGACCCAGGAUCUGCAGCGAAUGAAUCUCUUGGAACUAUCAGAAAACGAGAAGCUUGCCUUCUUCUUAAAUUUGUAUAAUGCCAUGGUCAUCCAUGCUAUAAUUAGCUUAGGGUGCCCAGAAGGUGUAAUUGAUAGGAGAUCCUUCUUCUCUGAUUUCCAGUAUUUAGUUGGAGGUCAUCCGUAUUCUCUAGCUACUAUAAAAAAUGGUAUCCUCAGAUGUAAUCGAAGGUCACCAUAUUCCUUAGUGAAGCCCUUUAGUACAGGGGACAGGCGGUUAGAGGUUGCUCUUGUCAAGUUGAAUCCGUUAUUUCACUUUGGACUUUGUAAUGGUACAAAGUCCAGCCCAAAGGUGAGGUUCUUCUCACCCCAAAGAGUUGUAGAUGAAUUAAGAGGUGCUGCAAGAGAGUUUUUUGAGAAUGAUGGAAUUGAAGUGGACCUGGAGAAGAGAACUGUUCAUCUCACUCGGAUUUUCAAGUGGUUCAGCGGAGAUUUUGGACAAGAGAAAGACAUACUAAAGUGGAUAAUUAAUUACUUGGAUCCAAAUAAAGCAGGUCUUUUGACUCAUCUCUUAGGUGAUGGUGGACCUGUUAAUAUCUCUUACCAGAAUUUUAAUUGGUCAAUAAAUUCUUGAUCAGUCGUAAACCGGUUUGACACAACCAGCCACUCAAUAUACGGUAUGUUUAUUGGACGUGUCCCAGAUUUUCUGGCAUCUUAUUCCAUCCAAAAGGAGAUAUUUUUAGUGGUAUGAUACCAAAACAGAUAAUUCGUAGAUGUGAUAUCACUUUUGCACACCAUUUGUGCAGAAACACUUGAUGCAGAUUAGACUUUUUUUUUUUUUUUUUCUGAGCAAAAAAAAAGUUGUGGGUAUUGAUAAAUACAAAUUCCUAGGUAGGAAACAGAUUCUAUAGAGGAUUUACUAUGAUGAGGCUGUAGACCCCUUCGGAGUUCUGGAAUCUCAGGACUUGUUUCUUGGUCUGUUACUAAAUUUAUACAAGCCCGGAGCUCUACCCUGUAAUUUUAUCACUUGUGUGUUGCCAUGUCAAGGUUGCUCAUGU